GCUGUGUCAUCGUACGCUCAAAAUGAAUAGCGUUGGUGAAGAUUGCAACGACCUAAAGAGGGAAUAUGACGCGUGUUUUAACAAAUGGUUUACAGAAAGGUAUCUCAAGGGAGACUAUUACAGAGAUCCGUGCAAAAAGAUUUUCAAAAAAUAUCAAACAUGUGUCAAGACUGCCAUGAAAAAUAAACACCUAGAUCUAGAAGAGAUGGAUAAAGAUAUACUUGGAACUGAAUUUGAAAAAAAGCCUUUACCAAAAAAGAAAAAGGAGACCGAUAAGACUGAAUCAUAACACGUAUACAAGACUGAUAUUGAGAAGAUUGGUAUUCUCUGUGUUAUCUGCAAAUGGGAGAAGACUGCAUUCCAGGCCAAUGUCUAGAAACACAAUAUACCUAUUGUACUCAAGUUGUACUGUAAUCACUGCAACUAUUGGUGUAUUGGUGAUGAAUCAGACUUAAAACAAAUGACACAAGUAUUUUACGAGAGUUACUUAAAACAAAAUGAAUUCACUUCAGCACAUGAAUGCCUGUUAAAGUGCAUGCUUUAGAAAACAAAGUAUUCAAGUGCUACAGUGAACGUUCAGUUUACUAGAUUUAAAAUGACAUGAUUCAGCAGGUGUUUUCUUCUAUACUGUAUUUGUUCUAUUAGAUGUGCAUCUCAAAUAGAAACACAUAUAAACCCCAAAUUACUUUUGUUCUACCGGGGGUAUAUGGAAUCAUUAAAAUAUGACACUCAUAAAACACCUGUAAUUUAUUUUACCCAUAAAACACCUGUAAUUU